AUGGCCACUCAAGAGAACCUACCAAUUAUAGUGUCUAAAAUUGGCAUCAUUGGUGCUGGAGUUAGUGGCAUAGCCGUAGCAAAACAACUAUCUCAUUAUAACCCUAUUGUUUUUGAAGCAACUGAUUCAAUUGGUGGUGUUUGGAGACAUUGUUCCUAUAAGUGCACUAAGCUUCAAUCACAAACAUGGAAUUAUGAAUUCAGUGAUUUUCCUUGGCCUGCAAGGGAAAGUUCUGAUUAUCCUUCUUAUGUUGAGAUUUUGGAAUACUUGCAUACUUAUGCUGUUCAUUUUGAUUUGUUUAAGUAUGUUAAGUUUAACUCCAAUGUAGUGGAAAUCAAGUUUAUUCAGGAUAAUGAAGGUUUCGAUUCCGGACGCCUACCUGGUGACCAUGCGAAUCCACUUCCUGGUCAUCCUGUGUGGGAACUUUCUGUUCAGACUAAUGAAUUGGAUACCAUUCAGCGGUACCACUUUGAGUUUGUAGUAGUUUGCACUGGAAAAUAUGGAGACAUACCAUUGAUGCCAACAUUUCCACACAACAAGGGCCCUGAGGUAUUCAAUGGUAAGGUUCUUCAUACCAUUGAUUAUUGUAAACUUGACAAAGAAGCUACUAGUGACCUUGUUAAGGGAAAGAAGACCGUGGUUGUGGGUUACAAAAAGUCAGCUAUUGAUCUAGCCAUGGAGUGUGCACAGGCAAACCAAGGACCUGAAGGGCAAUCAUGCACCAUGAUAAUAAGGAGUUUGCAUUGGACACUUCCCCAUUAUAGUAUGUGGGGAGUACCAUUUUACUUGUUCUAUGCAACAAGAUCUGCACAGUUUCUCCAUCAAACACCAAAUCAGGGUUUACUUAAAAGCAUUUUAUGCUUCCUAUUAUCUCCACUGAGGCGUGGGAUUUCAAAGUUCAUAGAAUCCUACUUGCUAUGGAAACUUCCAUUUGAGAAGUAUGGAUUGAAACCAGAACACCCUUUUGAGGAAGAUUUUGCAUCUUGUCAAAUAGCUAUAACACAAGAAAGUUUUUUCAAUGAAGCUGAUAAGGGAAAAAUAAUCUUCAAAAAAGCAUCAAAGUGGUGGUUUUGGAAUGGAGGAAUUGAAUUUGAUGAUAACACUAAAAUAGAUGCUGAUGUUGUUCUUCUUGCAACUGGUUAUGAUGGAAAAAAGAAGCUCAAAACCAUUUUGCCAGAGCCUUUUUCUAGCUUGUUGGACCCUUCUGGUAUCAUGCCACUGUACAGGGGAACUGUCCAUCCAUCAAUUCCAAACAUGGCCUUUGUGGGUUAUGUUGAGAGUGUUUCAAAUCUCUACACUUCAGAGAUACGUUCCAUGUGGCUAUCUGGACUACUAGAUAACAAAUUUAAGCUUCCAAGUGCUGAGAAGAUGCUUUCAAAAACAAUUAAGGACAUGGAAAUAAUGAAAAAUUCUACAAGGUUUUACAAAAGGAACUGCAUCACAACUUUUGGUAUUAACCAUAAUGAUGAAAUUUGUGAAGAUUUGGGUUGGAAUACUUGGAGGAAGAAGAACUUGUUUCAAGAGGCAUUUACUCCUUACUUUGCUGCAGACUAUAAGAAGGAAGAUUGAGAAUUUGUUAUUUCAUUCUUAACA